AUGGCCUCUCUACUAUCACUUCCUGUGCACUUUCAAGAGGCCUCGGCGAUGCAGGAAACAAUCCAGGAUUCUGCCGGGGAAAAAGUAAUAAACCUCAACGAAUUCGACCUCAUCCCACCACGGACUUUCAUCAAAUUCAUCAUCUACAUCCCCCUCAAGUCCGGCGCGUCUUUUGAAUCCGUCUUUGCAUACUUACAGGCAGGCCUUUCCCGGACCCUGGACCGUAUCCCCUUCUUGAACGGGAAGAUUUUUGAGCGCCCAAGCACCGAUCCCGGCUACGUCAAAGGUCAUUUACAAAUACGCCAUCCCAAGAUUACACAGCCGGGAUCUCGCCCGCAGCAGCUCGUCUUCAAGGAUCUCUCGAAAGAGCUUCCAAGCUUCGAUGAGUUGCGCGAUGCCGGUUUCGAAUUUUCGGCGUUUAGUGACGACCUCGUUCUUGAAGGUUCCCUGAUCCCGGAUAUCUCUACAGGGGCGGACGUGUUCCGCGCACAAGCCAAUUUUGUCCAAGGCGGUUGCCUCCUGGCCACGGGCUUCCACCACUCCUCGGUGGAUGCAACGGGCAUGGUAACGGUGCUCAAGGCCUGGGCGGAGUAUUGCAGAACCGCGGGGAGUGAACAGCAAGCCUGCGUGUGGCUGACGCCCGAGUGUGUGGACCGCGGCAUUCUGGACCGGCUUUGGCGGGCCGGGUGGAAUCCUGGUCGCAGCAUCCUCGACAUUGACCCUGCUAUAUGGGGCUAUCUGGGCUUUCAAAUCCCAGGGACAGAGGCCCAAACGGAGCAGCAGCUUCGGGAUCAAGACCCGAUCCCGGCGUACAUGCAAAACACAACCAUGGAGUCGAGGAUCUUUUACAUUUCAGCGACAAACUUGGAAGAGCUCCUCCUCGACAGUGAGCAAUCACGUCAGCACGCCAAUCAAGAGCAGUCUACCGAGGAGCAGUCUACUGGAGAGGUGCCGAGACUCUCGGCCAACGACGUCAUCCUCGCCCUCUUCUGGCGGUCAGUCCUGCGAGCCCGGCGACUGGCGGCAGCUGCAUGCUCGGCGCCUGCGCCAGCGGACGCUAUGGCCCACCUCGAAUCUCCGCUCGACGGCCGCGCGGCAUUCAGCGCGGAGCUGCCAGCCGCCUAUGUCGGCAACGUUGUAACGGUCAAUAGAGUGGGUCUCAGGCUGGAGGAGCUCCUCGCGCCGGGGCUCGAGGCGCUGCAGCGCGUGGCGUGGCACAUUCGGCGCGGGGCGAUGCGGGCAGGGCCGGAUAUGGUGCGCGACGCUUUUGCGCUGAUGCGGUCCACCCGAGACUUUUCCGAGUUGAAACAUGGCUUCACGAGGCUGGAUGGGUGGGACGUCAUGAUCACGUCUCUGCUACUGCUGCCUGUGCCGGAGGUGGAUUUUGGCGGUGACGGUGGCCUGCUAGGUGGUUCCGAGGCGAUCAGGCCGUGCAUGGAUGCUUUCAACGCGAACUUUAGGUUGUGCAUAAUCCUUCCCCGGACGCCGGGGGGUGGACUGGAGCUUUUGGUAAGUUUGUUCCCCAAGGAGAUGCAGGAGUUGGAGCGGGAUGACGAGUUUUCCAGAUUUGCCGCGCUGCUUUGUCACUAA